GUACUCCAUCAUACAUCUGGCAGAAAAGCCUUUGAAGCUGUAGGAGGCAAAACAAGUUCAUAUUCAAAUUUCAAGAUGUUUAUUGCAUAACUUUUAUUCUUUGGGGAUCCAAAAAAUUUGAGCGUGCAGAUGAGUUCUUUCAGUUUCCUCACUUCAUUGCUACCAUGGCAACAACGAGCAGUAUUAAAUGUGAUGGCACUGAUGUUAUGUUCUUAGCUGCUAAAGUGUCUCGUGGUGAAAUGAAAAGUCCUUGAUUCUAAUGCCUGAGAGGCGCUUAACAAAACAAUCAGUCGAUUUUGUUUCUCCAGUGUGGAGCACAUCUUAAGAGAAAUGCAAUAAACCAAAUCCAGCAGGGAUACAUGAAGAGUAAUGGAUGAUGAUUAGUGAUUGCACAUACACCAGCCACUUUAAUAGCAACACCCAUACCCCUGCUCAUUCAUGCAAUUAUCCAAUCACUCAUGUGGCAGUAGCGCAGUGCAAAAAUCAUACAGAUACAGGCCCACAAGCUUCAGUUAACCCUCUGGGGUCUGAGGGUGUUUUGGGGCCCUGGACAAAUUUUGUUCACAGCAAAACAAGAUGUCAGGAAGUUUCAGAAAGUGUUGAUCAGGGAAUUUUAUACAAAACUCUCUAGAGUUUACAUAGAAUAGUGCGUAAACCAAAAAACAUCUAGUGAGGGGCAUCUCUGCAGGCAGAAACUCCUUGCUGAUGAGAGAGAUCAGAGGAGAAUGGACAGCUGGUUCGAGCUGACAGGAAGACUAUGGUAACUCAUAUAACCACUGUUUACAGCCGUGCUGAGCAGAAAAGCAUCUCAGAAUGCACAACAUGCCAAACCUUGAGGCAGAUGGGCUACAACAGCAGAAGACCAUCUGAGGCUACAAUCUGAACAGUCUACAGUGGGCACAGAUUCAUUGAACCUGAGCAGCAGAAGACUGAAAAAACAUCAUCUGGUCUUUUUCCAAUCUUUAACUUAAUCUUUUGACCCUUUAAUACCGAACUGAACUGAAACUUAAAGCCAUUUUCACCAAAAUUCACCUCAUGUCUUCACUCCUCUGAUUCUGAGGAACUGUUUUUCCUUUCGUCAAUAUUAUUAUGCGUUGCCAUGGUGAUCGAACCUAUGAAGGCGUGGAAUGUGAACAGGUACUGUAAGACACGCCUUGUGGGUGGAGCUAAAACAAGGGGGCGUGUUUUCCAAACUGAGAGAGUUGUCUGUUUCAAUUACCGCAGCACGGUGGGCGCUUCUCAGCUGCAGCUCCUGUCGAGCGAAAAGAGCGAGUUUUUGUAGUCAAACCUGAGCUUUAUUUUAUUUUGACUGCGUCUAGGAGCCGAAAAAACAAACCCAAGACGUGUUUCGGAUAACCAUUGUCUUAGAAGAGAGUGUUUAUGGUUUGGACUGAAGAUAUCAGCAUGUCUCGUGCCGACGAGGUCCACCGCGUUACGGAGAAUGUCUACAAGACCAUCAUGGAGCAGUUCAACCCCUGCUUGCGGAACUUUGUUGCCAUGGGGAAGAACUAUGAGAAAGCUCUCUCCACUGUGACAUUUGCAGCCAAGGGCUACUUCGACGCUCUGGUGAGGAUGGGUGAGCUGGCCAGCGAGAGCCAGGGAUCCAAAGACCUCGGGGACGUGCUCUUUCAGAUGGCCGAGGUCCACCGGCAGAUACAAGUGCAGCUAGAGGAAAUGCUGAAGUGCUUCCACACUGAGCUGCUUUCAGAGCUGGAGAAGAAAGUGGAGUUGGAUGCCAGAUACCUGACUGCGGCUCUGAAGAAGUACCAGAUUGAGCACAAGAGCAAAGGCGAGAGCCUGGAGAAAUGUCAGGCUGAGCUGAAGAAACUGCGUAGGAAGAGCCAGGGCAGCAAGAACCCAUCCAAAUACAACGACAAGGAGCUGCAGUAUGUGGAGACCAUCAACACUAAGCAGAAUGAGCUGGACACCUUCAUCGCAGAGGGCUACAAAACGGCUCUGUCAGAGGAGCGCAGACGAUACUGCUUCCUGGUGGACCGCCAGUGCGCCGUGGCCAAGAACAGCAGUGCCUACCAUGGCAAGGGCAAGGAUCUGCUCACCCAGAAGAUCCCGGUGUGGCAGCAAUCCUGCUCAGAUCCCAACAAGCUCCCGGAGAGGGCCAUGUUGCUUGUGCAGCAGAUGGUGUCCGGCUCGAACCCCCUUCUCUCCAGCCCGCUGCAUUCCUCUAAGGGCAACCUGGUCAUCUCGGAGCCGAUCCCUGGCGCUCAGCCCCUGCCUGUGCCCCCUGAACUGGCGGCCCUCAUGGGCCACCCAGGGAGGCUGAUGGGGCCUGAUGGCAUGUCUCUGGUCAAUGGUACGACAGGAAUGCAAGGGGAGGAGUACUGGGCUGACGGGGGUGUGUCUCAGGGAAGACCCGCCUCCCCUCAGCCUCAGUCCCAGACUCAGCCACAGAGGCAGGUCAGCGAGGUUUACUCCAACACCCUGCCUGUCCGCAGACCCCAGCCCGCUAAGAGCAAGGCCACCGUGGGCGAGACACGGACUCUGCCCAGGUCCAGCUCCAUGGCGGCAGGACUGGAGAAGAAUGGGCGCUCACGUGUGCAGGCCAUCUUUUCUCAUGCUGCUGGUGACAACAGCACACUGCUCAGCUUUACCGAGGGUGACAUUAUCACACUGCUGGUGCCUGAGGCUCGGGAUGGUUGGCAUUAUGGAGAGAACGAGAAGAACAAGAUGAGAGGCUGGUUCCCCUUUUCCUACACAAGAGUGUUACCUGACAGCGACAGUGACAAGCUGCGAGUUAAUCUACACCAUGGAAAGAGCAGCAGCACAGGGAACCUGCUGGAGAGAGACGACACGUCUCUGCCCAUGCCUGACUACGGUCUGACCGCCCGUCUGUUGGCUCAGAGCCUCACACAGAAUCGCCCGCGUCCCUACAGCAUGGCUGGCUUCACACAGCCAGCGAUUGAGGAUUAUGACAGUCGUUUUGCCACAAGUUCCGAUGGCAAAUUGAUUUCGACAGUGUGAACACAGACAGGCUAUCAGACACAGACACAACUCCGGAUAGCACAGGGGUUGCACCCCUCCCUUCCCAGUUUCCCCUCUAGCCUUCCCUACCCCCCUCAAAACAAUCCUAACACGUGCCUCCACGCACCCCUCCUUCAGUGGAAGAAGGCCGCUCUCAUCCCUCCUUUCUGUCCUCUCUUCCUCCCCUGCGUGUUGUCGCCGGGGGGCCAUAGUGCCGGUGGCGUGUGGUGGGUCGGGGGGGACUCUGACAGAGAGAGCCAGAGGGCGCUCCAUCUGCUCGCCUCGCACCUUUACAGACACUGAGCUGCUCUUCGCCUUGCCCGCUGCCUCCGUGGACUUCUCCAAAUGGACUCCUCUCCCAUGCAUGUGCACAAGUUCUGCAACUGUUGUGUUUUUAUGAUGAUGAUUAUUUUUUUUAAAGGACAUCAUCAUGUAAAAGUGCCAAAAGCUAUGUCGAUAUUUUCAAGCAGCUCUCCUUCCAUAAAAGAAACGUGCCCUUUGUCCUUUUCUAUACGCUGUGGACUGGCACUAUUGAAGCUCUCGCUCACCGCAGAGCCUUGUAUUCUCUUUAUGGUUCAGUUGUGCGGCGUGUUUUUUUUUCUCUCUGUGUUUUGUAGAGCGUUGUGUGCUUCCACCGUGUCUUUAAGCAGCGCGACGUGCAGCCCAGAGGGUGUGUCACUUUUAACAUUGUGGGAUUGAUUUACAUUACUGUCCACACUUCUCCAUUAUUAUUUCUGAAAGAUCUCAAAUCAUUAAAUAUGAUAUGCAGGCCAAGUAGGCCCAAACAGGUAGUCCAAUAUGAUAGCACUGUAAAAUAUCAAAAUCUAGAACAGCAUGAGUAAUAUUACCAUGCUACCACCACAUAAUAAAGCAAAAUAUAACAAGAAAAUCAUGAUAAUUACAUUUACACCUGGUUGUCGUAUCAAAGUCUUGUAUCAGGUUUGUAUCCUGUUAAACUGGAGUGUAUCCUGUUAACCUUUUGAUGUCAAAUCCAUCUCUGUUUAUCCAGAUUGAAAAGUAAUUGCUAUAAUGCUCAGGAUCCCAACACUGCUCUUGGAGUAUUCCCUGUCCUGUACAUUUUAGUGUUUUCCCUGCUCUGACACAUCUGAUUCAACUAAUCAGCUCAUUAACAGUCCUUUCUGAGUUUAGGUGGGUGUGAUAGAGCUGGGAAAACAUUAAAAUGUGUAGGAAAGGGGGAACUCCAGGAUCAGGGUUGGGAACUGGUGCUGUGUAGCAUGUAAUAUUCAAAUCAGCUCAUUAUACUUGACCACCAAUUUCCCAUGUUGUUCCUUGUUUCCAACUGUUUUACACAAAAGAUGUCAUUUUCAGUUCUCUUAAAGGCACCAACUUUGGUAGUAAUGAACCACAUGCGUUGUCAUAUAAUGUAUUGUGAAGGGUUUUGGUCGGAGUAAUAUGAGUAAUUGUACAUUAUUGCCAAAGUGAAAUUGUUUUCUGAAUUGUGCAAUUCGAGACAUAAAUCUGUAGCUGUAACUGCAUUUUCCACGUUGGAAGAACACUUUUUAUAUUAAAAAUAUGAAUCCUAAUUCUUUAUAAUGUUCAUAUUUCAAUAAAUUUGCACAUUUACAGCGCUCAUACUACAUUUACAAAUGACUGGUUACAGUGCAAUGGGUUUUGAGCGGCACAGUAUUGUAACGUUGUAUAGGGCAGGACCAAGCGCAUGGUUCCAGAAAGCUAAAACUAAAACAAAUCUCGAUGUAGUGAUCAAGCAAAGUGAAUGGCUGAAUGAGGGUUUACAAACAUUACAUAAGAAAUGGACGAAUAAAUUCGUAUUUAUAAACUUCUCAGUGUAAUCGUGAUUAAUAAAUAAUAGAAUAUUAAUGUUGAAUUCACAUAUGAUUACCACUGUACUUAAAAGAGAUGGAGGCAUUUGCUAUUGUAUAACAUUUCACCCAAAUGUGUCUCAGAUUUAAAUCUGUUUAAAACCUCUCCUGUGUGAUUGUAUUUGUAAUUAUAACUGGAUUUCUGGAUAUAAUCCUGAGACUCAAGAUGCAUGAAACAACCAGGUGUAAAUAUAGUAUCUCUCUUCUUCCCUCCCAACUCUGGUUUUUUUUUUUCCAUCUCUGAGACCUGAAUCUCCUUUAAUUUCCAUUAAAAAAAAAAAAAAAAAAAAAAAAAAAAGCUGUAAAAUGUUCUCACUUCUAAUCUGUUGUGUUCCAAAAUGGUCAGCUGACAGAUCCUCUGGAGCCAUGGUGUACUUUCCUGCUGUGCUUUUGUACCUUUUGUCUCUUUUAAAAUGCUUUUCUUUUUCUUGUAAAUCAAAUUACAAUGCACAGAAAUCAGUAUACAGAAAACAUUCCAUCACACAAUGCAUGCUAUGGAGGAACUUCAGCAACAUGUUGACCUUGAAUGUAUUGUGAAUUUUUACAAAAAGUAUAUAUAAUAUAUAAAUAUAUCUAUAUAUUAAUAAAACACUUGUUCAAAUUA